GGGCGCGCGAGCGGCGGCCGAGCCGGGGACGGAGGAGCGCGGCGCCGCGCCCGGGCCUCCUCGCCGCCUGCGCCUACGCUGGGCAAGGUGCCUUUUGGAAAACUAUAUCCCAAGCUGUUCCUUUUAACUGCAGGCAGAAGGAAGCUUUGGUGCUGCGAUGGAGGACGGGCCCGUGGUCAGGUUGAGGAAUCCCGCCGGAGGGGUUUGCCCCGUCAUGUUCUGAGUGCCUCAAAAAUGGAGUUUUUGCAGUCACUCUGGCAACUUAUUAUGCUGUUCUCAUUUGGAAGGACUGAAGUUAUCUUACAAUACUGGAAAAAUGAAUUCCCUGCCUAUACCCUACUCCUCAAGCUUCACUUCUGUAUCUGUGACAAGGCCCUGCCAAUAAACCUGCCUUUCCUGGGUGACUUACCUGGUCACUGAAGUGUCACUCGUGCUCCAAUCAAAUUUUUUUAGUACUGUUUCUUCAGUUUUCAUAUUUAAGCAGCAGUAUUUUUAUUCAUUCUCAUAAGUAUUAUUUCUAGAAACCUACAGUUCAUUGGAAACCAUGGUAACCAGGAAGCAAAGCUGCGCAAGUAGUGUUGUCACUUCUGUGGUAUGGAUCUGUUGUUGGUGGCCGAAUAAGUGAUUGGGCAAAAAAGGUGAAAGUGGUUUUUGCACAUUGAUUUGCCAAGCACAGUAAUGGUUUAUUAAAGCGCAUACUUCAAUGAUGGAGGAAAAUUUAUUUUUUCUUACCUAUAAUGUGCUCCUGGCUUACAUUCGCCUCCACUACUGCGUGUUGAAACCACUCUUGUUUUAUUAAUUGGGCUUCCAUUCAGUGUUGAUAAGCCAUAUUUUAUAAACCAAUGUGUUUAUAUCAGUAUUUAUUUAAUUUUCAAAACAUUUAUCAAUUAAAAUGUGUUGCUGAUGUAGCUGUGUGCCUGUGCAGUAUUACUGUGCUGCUACAAAACAGAAGGAAUUGUGUAAACUGGGAGACCUGUGGUUUGACAGUUCAGAAAUAAUCAGACAAAUCAGCCUUGAGGCACUUUAUUUCUCUUGCUGCAUUGCAUUGUCUUUCUGGUUAUAUUGUUCAAUUUCUACUCACCGAUGGGAUAUUGUUAUGGAAGUUAAUAAAGUUCUCUUCUUAGAAGGUAGUAUAUUCGUGCCUCAAAGAGGUGGCACGGCAAAUUACAUACGUCAGUAUGAUACAAAAAUGGCAAGUAUACAAUCAAGUAAUUCCCUUCACAUGUAGUAGGUCAGGCAUUAAGAUUCUUCAAAUACAAUAACAAUCUGUACAAAAUGGAAUUCUCAAGUUUUCUCCUUUGUGUGCCAAGGGGAUAUAAAUGACAGUAAGCAUACCUUGAAUUCAAAACUAGUUAGGGAAGUUCUGUUUACAGAGUGGAUUAAUGGAUUCUUGCGUAAUCCUGCAAGUGGGCUUAUGCUUCCUCUGUCUCCAGUGAAGAGGAAAAUGUUAACAGUUCUGGAUUAAGGAUUGCAACCAUGUUCUAAGUAGUUUGGAGCUGUAAGACAUGUAUUGAUGUUUUUCAGGUGUGGGUUUUUUUUUUCUUUCAGUAAACAUAAUUUGGGAGUGUAUAUUAAGGGAUCCUAGGAGAUGAGAUAGGGUUACCAGGUAAACAGAACUGUACCAAAGAAGAUGGGGAAAUGUAGGAAGGUGUGUGUGCUUGCUGGAACCAUUUGAAAAGCAUGUUAUGUGUCCAGCUGCAUCACCUUCAUGUUGUUGUUUCUGUAGUGGAGUAUGUUGCCAUUAGGCUAUUGGCUUCAUCAGGCGUAGAUGAUAGCUUUCAUGUAAAGUCUGAGCCACGGGACACAUUGUCCAAUUAGAUAUGGGAAGUACAGAUGUUUGCCUUAAAUGUCUGAAAGUUAUUUUUUCAAAUCCUUGGGAGGAUCUGUAGGAGAGAGCUCAAGGUAGCGAUCUGUUGAAAAUGGAGAGCUGUUCCUAGUGUGUAGAGGGCAUCUGAUGAAGAGAGAGUUGCUGGAACUGAUGUGAAAGGCCCAAACCGGGCAGUUAUGUAACCAUGUGUUUUGGAGCACAUGUUCCAUGUGCUGAGAUCCCUGCUUCACUGAGCUUUUUUGUCCCCUUCCACCUGCAGAUGUGUGUUCAUUGUAUCACCAGGACAUUGCAGUGCCUUGCUUCCACAAGCAGGAUGGUCCUGAUCCCGUGGCUGGUCACACACCUCUGUUCCUGUGGCUCUUUCUGCCUGAUUAUGCCCAUUAGGUGAACCUGCCUUGAUGAGCUGAGCUGCAGAGCAGGAGUGGCUUUCUGCAUGCAUAGCUAAUCAUCCUAGUACCUCGGCCUUGAUGUGUUAAUAGGUGAGAGGCUUGGCCCAAAUGUACAGCCGUGGCACUUUGUCUUCUCCGUUGACAAAUGCUAGCCUCCAUUUGGAACAAGAAAAUUGGUGUGGAAAAGGGGAACCACCCAAUGGCAUUGCUUCCUGCUGGCUCUUGAGAGAAGUUGACUGCUGCAAAGGAAGAAAGGAAAGUAAGCCUGUAUUUCAGCCUGGUUUUUGAAUAUCUUUCUAAUACAGUGGUGUUCCAGAAGAUGAUAAAGAAAUGAUAGCAGCUCCAGAAAUACCAACUGAUUUUACUCUCCUCCAGGAGUCUGAAACACACUUCUCUUCCGAUACAGACUUUGAGGAUAUUGAAGGAAAAAACCAAAAACAAGGCAAAGGAAAAACCUGUAAAAAAGGUAAAAAAGGACCAGCGGAAAAGGGGAAAAGUGGAAACGGAGGAGGGAAACCUGGUGGUCCAAAUCGGAUGAAUGGACAUCACCAACAGAAUGGUGUGGAAAACAUGAUGUUGUUUGAAGUAGUUAAAAUGGGCAAGAGUGCUAUGCAGUCUGUAGUGGAUGACUGGAUAGAGUCAUACAAACAUGACAGGGAUAUAGCACUUCUUGAUCUCAUCAAUUUUUUUAUUCAGUGUUCGGGUUGCAAAGGAGUUGUUACAGCAGAGAUGUUCCGACACAUGCAGAAUUCUGAAAUAAUCCGAAAAAUGACAGAAGAAUUUGAUGAGGACAGUGGAGAUUAUCCUCUAACUAUGGCUGGUCCCCAGUGGAAGAAGUUUAAAUCCAGUUUUUGUGAGUUCAUUGGAGUACUCGUCCGACAAUGUCAAUAUAGCAUCAUAUAUGAUGAAUAUAUGAUGGAUACUGUCAUUUCACUGCUCACGGGGCUGUCAGACUCACAAGUCAGAGCAUUUCGGCACACUAGCACGCUGGCAGCUAUGAAGCUGAUGACUGCUUUAGUGAAUGUGGCGUUGAAUCUUAGUAUUAACAUGGACAACACACAACGGCAGUAUGAAGCAGAACGAAAUAAAAUCAUUGGGAAGCGUGCUAAUGAUAGGCUGGAACUCUUACUACAGAAAAGAAAGGAGCUUCAGGAAAAUCAGGAUGAAAUAGAGAACAUGAUGAAUGCAAUAUUUAAAGGUGUUUUUGUGCAUAGAUACCGAGAUGCAAUUGCUGAAAUAAGAGCUAUCUGUAUUGAAGAAAUUGGAAUAUGGAUGAAGAUGUACAGCGACGCCUUUCUCAAUGACAGCUACUUAAAAUACGUAGGGUGGACUAUGCAUGAUAAGCAAGGGGAAGUAAGACUGAAAUGCCUAACUGCUCUGCAAGGGCUUUACUAUAAUAAAGAGCUUAAUUCCAAAUUGGAACUCUUCACCAGUCGAUUCAAGGAUAGAAUUGUGUCUAUGACUCUUGACAAAGAAUAUGAUGUUGCAGUCCAAGCAAUAAAAUUACUCACUCUUGUUUUACAGAGUAGUGAAGAAGUUCUGACUGCAGAAGACUGUGAAAAUGUCUACCAUCUGGUUUAUUCAGCUCAUCGGCCAGUUGCAGUUGCCGCAGGGGAAUUUCUUUAUAAAAAACUCUUCAGCCGCAGAGAUCCUGAAGAUGAUGGAAUACUUAAAAGGAGGGGAAGACAAAGUCCAAAUGCUAAUCUUGUGAAGACGUUAGUGUUUUUCUUUUUGGAAAGUGAAUUGCAUGAACAUGCUGCUUAUCUAGUGGACAGCAUGUGGGACUGUGCAACAGAUCUCUUGAAAGACUGGGAAUGUAUGAAUAGUCUUCUGUUGGAGGAACCUCUCAAUGGAGAAGAGCCUUUAACAGAUAGACAGGAGAGUGCACUGAUUGAAAUAAUGCUUUGUACUAUUCGGCAAGCAGCUGAAUGCCAUCCUCCUGUGGGAAGAGGAACAGGGAAAAGGGUGCUGACAGCGAAGGAAAAGAAAACCCAGUUGGAUGACAGAACAAAAAUUACAGAACUUUUUGCAGUGGCUCUUCCACAAUUGUUAGCAAAGUAUUCUGUAGAUGCUGAAAAAGUCACCAACUUGCUGCAGUUGCCACAGUACUUUGAUUUGGAAAUUUAUACAACAGGGCGACUAGAAAAGCAUUUGGAUGCCUUACUGCGACAAAUCCGGGAUAUUGUGGAGAAGCACACAGACAUAGACGUUUUGGAAGCCUGUUCAAAAACGUACCACGCUCUCUGUAACGAAGAGUUCACAAUCUUUAACAGGGUUGAUAUUGCAAGAAGUCAGUUAAUAGAUGAGCUGGCAGACAAGUUUAAUCGACUUCUUGAAGACUUCCUACAAGAGGGGGAAGAACCUGACGAAGAUGAUGCUUAUCAGGUCUUGUCAACAUUGAAGAGAAUCACUGCUUUCCACAAUGCCCAUGACCUAUCAAGAUGGGAUUUGUUUGGCUGCAACUACAAGUUAUUGAAAACUGGCAUUGAAAAUGGAGACAUGCCAGAACAGAUUGUUAUUCAUGCACUGCAGUGCACUCAUUAUGUAAUCCUUUGGCAGCUAGCAAAAAUUACUGAAAGCAGUUCCACAAAGGAGGAUCUUCUACGUCUGAAGAAGCAGAUGAGAGUGUUCUGUCAAAUUUGUCAACACUACCUGACCAAUGUAAACACUGCUGUUAAGGAACAGGCUUUCACAAUUCUGUGUGAUGUGUUGAUGAUCUUCAGCCAUCAGAUUAUGACAGGAGGACGUGACAUGUUGGAACCACUUGUUUACACUCCUGAUUCUUCACUGCAAUCUGAGCUACUCAGUUUUAUUUUAGAUCAUGUCUUCAUUGAUCAGGAUGAUGAUAAUAAUAGUGCAGAUGGACAGCAGGAUGAUGAAGCUAGUAAAAUUGAAGCAUUGCACAAAAGAAGAAAUCUACUUGCAGCUUUCUGUAAACUCAUUGUAUAUACUGUGGUGGAAAUGAAUACUGCUGCAGACAUUUUCAAGCAAUAUAUGAAGUAUUACAAUGACUACGGUGAUAUUAUUAAAGAAACAAUGAGUAAAACAAGACAGAUAGACAAAAUCCAGUGUGCUAAAACACUUAUUCUUAGCUUGCAGCAGCUUUUCAAUGAAAUGAUUCAAGAAAAUGGUUAUAAUUUUGACAGAUCAUCACCGACAUUCAGCGGCAUAAAGGAGCUUGCUCGACGUUUUGCUUUAACAUUUGGACUGGAUCAGUUGAAAACAAGAGAAGCUAUUGCUAUGUUACACAAGGACGGCAUAGAAUUUGCCUUUAAGGAGCCUAAUCCACAAGGUGAGAGCCACCCACCUCUGAAUUUGGCAUUUCUUGAUAUUCUGAGUGAGUUUUCCUCCAAACUUCUCAGACAAGACAAAAGAACAGUGUAUGUUUACUUGGAGAAGUUUAUGACCUUUCAGAUGUCUCUACGAAGAGAAGAUGUGUGGCUUCCUCUCAUGUCCUACAGAAACUCUUUAUUAGCUGGUGGGGAUGAUGAUACUAUGUCAGUAAUUAGUGGAAUUAGCAGUCGAGGAUCUACAGUAAGAAAUAAGAAAACAAAGCCAGCAACAGGGAAACGGAAAGUACCUGAAGCUGAAGAAAGCAGUAGUAGUGACAGUAUGUGGAUGAACAGGGAGCAGACAAUGCACACACCAGUCAUGAUGCAGACACCUCAGCUUACUUCCACAAUAAUGAGGGAGCCCAAGAGAUUGCGACCUGAAGAGAAUUAUAUGGGUGUCUAUCCUAUGCAGCCUGAACACCACCAAGCUCCACUUGAUUACAACACGCAAGUAACGUGGAUGUUGGCUCAAAGGCAACAGGAAGAAGCCGCACGACAACAACAGGAGAGGGCAGCGAUGAACUACGUCAAGCUGAGAACCAACUUGCAACAUGCUAUUCGGCGUGGCACAAGUCUAAUGGAAGAUGAUGAAGAGCCAAUUGUUGAAGAUGUGAUGAUGUCAUCAGAAGGGCGAAUUGAAGAUCUCAAUGAAGGCAUGGAUUUUGACACCAUGGACAUAGACCUACCACCAUCAAAGAACAGGAGAGAAAGAACGGAACUAAAACCAGAUUUCUUUGACCCCGCUUCGAUCAUGGAUGAAUCGCUGGUACAAAAUUACACUGGAAAUAACAAGCUGCAGCAACCCAGCAGAGGACAGUACAGCAAGGCUUCCUGGGAAUCUUGGACAGCUUGGUGGAAUUUGGAAGACGGUUACAUAUUUUUGCAAUAUUGUUGCAGCGUGAAUCUGUUCUUGUUAUGAGAGAAAAAAAGUCUUAAAUACUGUUUUAAAUGCAAAUCCAUAUAUUUUGUGCUAGUGCUAAUGAAUCAGAUUAGGUUGUGCAUCUAGCUGUUGUGUGUUCUAUUCUUGAAGUAACACUCAGAAAGUUAAUCAGUUUUCUGACUUCUUUGUUUUAGAAUAGUUCUUCCCUUCCUCUUCUUAAUUUUAGUUCAUUGAUCUGUGAAACACCAGUCAUUUUUAUUCUGGCAACAGUGAAAAUUUGGUCUUCUGGGGGUUUAUCUCACUCAAUUUCAGUAAACUUUCAGCUUUUCAGUUUCAAAAAUUAAGAGUAGGUUUAAUCUGUUCACUGUUAGCUAGUUUUCUUCCCUGUUACUUUAUUUCUCAUUCGUUUUACCAUCAUGCCAUGUAAGCCCAAGAUUUGCUAGGCUCUCCUUAGCUGCAGUUUGGCAGCGUCGCCACACGAUGGCAGCCAGCUACAGCCUCAUCGCUCUGCAAGCUUUUGUAGUCGGUUCUGAGGCUCUAGCAGUGUCCUGUCUCUGUGCCAGAAGAAGCUAUAGUCUGUUUCCCUGCAAGGAGGGAGAAGCGGCACAUUGAAAUAAGUCGGUACAGUCAAGGGGACAUGAUCUAGCAGUGCUCCCUCUCAGUUGGAACAUAACAAGAGUGGUUGACCUGGAACCAGGGCUGCAUACAACAGCUGCAUCACAGAGGAGAGCUACUCUUUAGCAUAAGCUCCACCUAAAUGAAUUUAACUGCCUAGAUGGGGAAGCUUUAUUAAUACUAAGAAUAAUUUGUUUUAAAGUAGAGCUAUGAUUGAUCACUGGGUAUUUUAAAUGUUUAAAAACCAACCAACCAAACCAAAGUCUAUUAAUAACUCUAAAUAAAGUUACUUGUUUUAUUCAUAGAAAUUUUUCUGUGGAGUUGUUACACGUUUCUAAUAGACAUACUGCAUCUAAAAUAUUCGGGUGCGCGUGGUUUAUGGUUGGAAUUUUAGUCUUAUCUUCUCAGAUUUGAUGUGUCUGGUUAUUACUGGCACCAGUGGCACUUGUGUCCUAGUGUGCUGUAUUUGUAGGAUGCAUCUAAAGUGAGUUUAAUGCCAGGAACAGUAAAAAUUGGUUUGGAAACAGAUAGAUGAGAACAGCAGUGUUGGAGGUCCAGGAGAAUUACUCACAUCUCUGUGGAUCUUAGUGACAAAGAGAGUUCUACAAAAGCUGGGACAGUCACAAGAACUGGAAUAUUCUUUUUUUGACAUAUCAGUGAGGAUACAUGCUUUCACUGGCACAGAAAAUAACGUGGCUUGCUCCCGCAUGGGACAUGGAAUCUGAUUCUUCGUUUCUGGAAAGCUUUCCAUUUUUAAUCACGUAGCAUUCUGAAGGACAGUACUUUUAAUUCUAGCUAUUUAUGGGUGUUUUAUUUUGUUUUGCUUUUUCGCUCAUUUCCUGGCAGAAAUGAUGUUUUCAAUACAAAACAUGAGGCUGGUGUCCCGGCUUGCUGCUGCAAGCUGACCUGUGGUUAGGAACAGGGCAUGGCAGCAGCCAGCACACGGAGUAUUUUGUCUCAGGCUUAGUUCUUAGGAACUGCACACUUGAUUUCAGGUUAAGGCCUAUAGUAUUGCCAUUGUCAAACAAGUCUAGAUUAGGCAACUAAUUAAAAAUGACUUUGUGAUUAUUAUCUAAAGUAAUUAAAGCACAGUUUUUAUCACAUUCCUUCCGAAUCUAGUUUGUUUCAAGUGUGGGGAAAAAAAUUUCUAUUGAAUGAGGAGCCCUUUCCAUAUUAUGACAUGAAUCAGAAGUGUGGUAAAUUUGGUUUGGAGGAAAAAUAAACUUAUAAUGCCUUAACAUAUCUUGAAGUGUCUUAAUCUUAAAUCAUAUAUUAAUUGCUUUGCUUUUGUUAAAUGUGUAGUAGACUACAAAUUGACACCAUUUCUAACUUUUUUUUUAGGUUCUUGGGGUGUCAAUGUUUUAAUACCAGAACAGCAAAUAAAUCAGUGGUGAAGUCAU